UCAGAAGGUUUACGCGCACGCGUGCUUGUUUGUUACCGGAAAUAGCCAAGUAUAUUAUUGGUUAUUGCAGUCUAGGAAUGGGGUUCUCUUCUUGUUCACGAGGCACAUUCAUAUUGUGUUUUUAUAUAAUAGGAUUCAUGGAUCUCUUUGGUGUUAGCAUGGUGAUUCCUUUACUAAGUCGUCAUAUUAGGAGUCUAGGAGCUAGCCCAACAAUGGCUGGAGUAGUUGGUUCGUUUUAUGGCAUAAUGCAACUGUUUUCAAGUUCUAUAGUGGGCGGCUGGAGUGAUGUUGUUGGAAGACGAUAUUCCCUUCUGGCUUGUAUCCUAUUCAGUGCACUAGGUUAUGCUCUGCUUGGCAUCUCUACUAACAUGUUCUUGUAUGUACUUGCAAGAAUUCCUGUGGGUAUUUUCAAGCAUUCGCUCAGUAUUUCAAAAGCUCUCCUUUCAGAUAUUGUGCCAGAGAAGGACCGACCUCUUGUUAUUGGACAUUUUAAUGCAGCUUCAAGCAUUGGAUUUAUUCUUGGUCCUGUGGUUGGUGGUUACCUCACAGAGAUAGAGGGUGGUUUCUAUAUAACAUCCUUCAUUUGUGCAUCUGUAUUCAUUUUAAAUGCAGGUAUUGUCUGGUGGCUACCUUGGGAUGACGCUUGUGUGAAGAAUGAAAGACCAGGGUUACAUACUAAAUCUAAAAAUGACAUUUUGUUGCUUAAAAGAAAUUCUGGAAUUACAGCCACAAUUCUGAAAAGGUCAACCAGUGAUGGAAUGCUGAAAGACAAUAUGUUGCAGUCUUUGUGGAUGCAAGUUAAAGCAGUCAUAAAAAGGAUCAUGGAUGUAGCAUUUUCUGAUUUGUGGGACAUAUUUCUAGUGCGCUUGUUAAUGGGUGUUGCAGUAAUGCUUCAGCACAGCAACUUUGGAUUGGCACUUGAUGAGAGGUUUGGAAUUAAACCAAAACUAACAGGGUAUCUUAUAAGUUAUGGCAGUACACUUGGAGCACUUGCAGGUUUUCUUGUUGGUCCCAUUACAAAAUUCUACAAGAAUGACACUUUCUUGAUAUUGCUACACUCUUCUGUCCUUACAUGUACCUUGAUGCUGCUAUACGCAUACACAAUCAGCUUCUGGAUAGUUGUAGUGUGCUGCACGUUUUUUUCUAUAUCAACCAAUUUAGGUCGGACAUAUAUCAUUGACAUUGAAUUGAGGCAUGGAGGGAAUCAUGCCAGUGGCACUCUAAUUGGAGUUGGACAGUCUGUCUCGUCGGUGGGAAGAGUGCUAGCUCCACUUCUCUCAGGCAUUGCACAAGAAUUCAGUGCUUCUGGGCCACCCAGCCUUGGUGCAACAUUAGCAUUUUUUGCAGUAUUAAUAAUGAUCUGUAAUAAAUCACGUUACUCUCCCAAAAGGAAGACUUUAUAA